GCGGUGAUCACAUCGCAGGUACCAACCUGCUAGCUCAAGAAAAACUACAUCUCUUGAGUGUUGUUUUAAUGCUCAGUGAAGAUAUUUUGCCACCAACUACUGUCGGGCAUUACGGACCUGUGCUUUUGGUCGUUUCUUCUUCAGUUGCGCUGUCAGCUUCAGGGCUGAAUAGUAAAGGCUGCGCUUGGUUGGCUCCCGUGUUUACACGUUAACCGGAGGUAACAUUAGCUAGCUCGGUGUAACGGCACUGAACGCCUUGCCUGGUCACAGCCAGUUUCUCAACGCUAGACUGAAGUUAACUAUGUUUAUACUCUUCUUCCAUACAAACUGGCUUUUUGCACUACAGCAUAUUGCUUGCCAUCACCGUGUGUAACACUAACACUAGCAGUCUCUUAAGUGAUAAAGCAUUUAGGAUUUUUUGUGAUUAUUAUAACAUUACUAUAAAGAAGCACACGUUGUAGAUAUCGAGUUAUAAAUGUCUGAUGGCGUAAUGCUGUAAAUUGGCUGUUUAGUAUGGCAGCAUCUCAUGGCAGUUCAUAGAUGCCACGGCAGAGGAGUGUAUAGCGGUAGCCACGUCGUCCGUCUACUCCCUCUGGAGGCAAACCACAGAAGAAAACAGCAGUGGCAACCAGCUGUUGUCAUUAAAACAGCAUCCAUAAAACAAAGGACAAUGGAGUCUGUGAGGAGCGCUUUCCAUGCUCAGCUGGCCACCGUCAUGGACUCACUGCUGGCAGCCGCUGUGUGCGAGAUAGCCAAGAUCUUUGAGAGCAGCCUGUGUGAACAGCAGGCGGAGCUGGCGCAGAAAACCGAGGAGCUUUCCAUCCUCCGGUGUAAGCUGGAGAAAGUGGAGAGGAGGCAGAAGGCAAAGGGUGGAGGGAGCGAGGAGGGAGAGAUGUCCUCAGGAGACAGAGAGGGCAGCUUGAAGCAACAGACCCUGACAGGAUCAGACCCAGUAGAAGGAGUCAGCCAGAGCCUUGGUAAACUGAAGGAGGAGGUCAAGGGUCAGGAUGGAGCUUCAGUAAAGCACGAGCGUGCUGGGUCACGGCCUGGCCUGGGGUCUUUCACAGCCCAAGCGCCAGAGAGAAGCCUCGCAGUUGGGGACGAGAUGCAGAUUGAUGCCCUGACUCCUACACAAGCUAAGACAAAAUUAUCUCACUGGGAUCAGAGCAGUCGUGGUGCAGACCACAGACCCCUUCAGGAUCAAGCCUCUGCCCCAUUUCUCUCCAUCUCCCAGAGUGGACGCUGCUCCCCCAGACCUGACCCUAGCCUGGCUCAACCAAGUGAGUGGUUACCUGGGUUGGACACCACCCGAGGUGGGGUGUCCAGUCUGGAGAACCUGCAGGCAGACAGCACCAGCUGCACUGGUGCAGCUAGCAGCAGCACUGGCACAGAUGCGCCCUGCUUCAGGCCUGGUUUUGGCUCAGAUGAGACCAGCAACGAAGAUGAUGACUCUUUCCCAUUUCUGGACCAGGAGCCUGAGAACCAAAACUCCAACCAGAACGCAGAGAGGGGGGCCCAGCAGGAUCAAUCCCAAGCUCCACCUGGUGAGUCACUAUGGAGACCAAGAGACGAGAGGGGUGGGAGACCCUCCAUGAAUAACACGCGGCGAGUCACAAAUUUUGGAAACAGAGAUCCUCUCCGACCCCAGUCUAAUACACAGCUGCUCACUUUACGACACACAAACGCUCUUAGCCACCCUCCAGCUUCAAGUGGAGGGAACGGCCGACCUUACACCUGCCCAUACUGCACAAAGUGUUUUACGUACCCCUCCCACCAACGCAGACACCUUUUACGCCACACAGGAGUCAGACUGCAUCCCUGUCAGUUUUGUGAAAAGAGCUUCCUCACUCCCUCUGAGCUCACUGUGCACACUCGCACACAUACAGGGGAGCGGCCUUUUGGCUGUGCUCAGUGUGGUAAACGUUUCGCCCGCAGCGGGAACCUGAGAGCGCACCAGCGGGACGUUCACAUGGGGAAGAGGCCCUUUGCUUGCACAGAGUGCGGAAAGAGAUUUGCCCACAGGGGAAACCUUAGGGUGCACAAUCACAGAGUCCACCAAGGAGAUCCCUACUACAUGGAUGACCAGCAGGAGCCUGACAUAGUCCCAAAUCCCAUUUAAAAAGAUUUUUUAAAUUAAAAAAAUGGAUCUGCACUUUGAAUUUCAUUUGCACAAUAAAACCUAAAAACUUCUUUGAAGGUUGCCUGUAUUAGUGAGCACUUAAAAUAGUUUAAAAUACUUCAGGUUUUUGUUUUAUUUGUUUCUGUUUUGAGACAAGUGUUAAAUUAAUUAUCCAAAGUUUAAGCUACAUUUAUUGACCCACAGAAUCAAAGUUAGUUUCUAAAUGUUUUUUUCAGUUUUGACUCAUAAUUUUGGGUCACGCAAAAAGAAAGAGUGUCUUAUUUUGCUGUAUUGUAAAUGAAUAGAUGUAAUUUUCCAAGAAUAAAAAACACUGGCUGCUGAUGUGAAGAAUGUAAUAAUAAUGAUUCUUCAGGCUGACUUUAUCUUCCAGUGCUGUUCUUCCCUGUAUGUGGACAGUUGGCAAAUGGAUCCAUGCACCUUUUCAUUACUUAAUAUGACAAAACUCCAAAAUAACAAUAAUAAUAAUAUUUUUUGUAAAGUGACUAAAGAAAGACUAGUUGGUAUUAGCUUAGGACAUGUGGCACGCAGAGGUAGGAUAGCACAUCUGUUUCUUCACAUUUGUCCUGUACUGCCUAUCUCCUCAAACCAUUAAGUUGAAUGUAUUGUGAAAAAAAUGGAAAUGUGUUCCUGCAACAAGUCCAUAAUCAUGAUGUUAAAGAACUGUACUUUCCUUUCAGCCUGUUUUUGCGAAGUGAAAUUAAACACUAUAGUCAUGCAUUAA